AUGUCUAAAUUUCGCAAGGCCCAUUUUUACAUUAUGCGCCCCAUUUCAAACCUGCCCGAUCACCUUGCUUCGAAACGAACCUUGGGCUACUUUGAAAACGAAAAAGAUGCCAGCCACCAAGGUCUGGUCUCAGGAAGGAUUCUUUCUUGCCUCUCUCGAUUCCCUUCAACCUUCGGUCUUUUUCUCUUGUCUCUUGACAUUCAGUCGGUCGUUUCCCUCGGUCUUUCCUCGACAAUCAAGUCAGUCAGUCUUUACGAAGCAGCAUGCCUUCCCUCCUCGAUACCCUUUCCAUCGCCAUACGCGAAUUCUGGAGGAUACUCACACGACAAUCGUCAACCACGCUCGUUAACGGUAACAUUCUCAAAGGGGUACGAAAACCCACCACCCAUCCGCACAAGAUUCUCAUGGUCUUACCUGCUCGUCCUCUUUUCGUGUGGCCGUCGUCGACCACGCCGUGGAGAUUCGUCGUUCUAUGUUGAUGGGGAUUUAGAAGCUGGCGAGGGUGGUUCAUUGAGCCCACAUGAGGGAGGUGGACAGCGUAAAGAUAGUCCGUGUGAUCAUGAAGGAGAGUUUGUGGAUAUUGAUUUGAAUGAUGGGAAACUCCUACAGCGACCGACAGGGACGAGUCAGAGUCAGAGUCGAGAACCCUCUUCGUUCAUGCCCCCAAAGUUCUACUUCCCUAUCCCAAUCCCUCUAAUCGAAAUCGAAAAAGACAACGACCAACAAGAACAACAAGAACGAGAAGGAAAUCCAAGCCCACCAAUCCUCGUUCUAUCCGACAUCCUCGAUCAAUUCCCACUCCCACCAACAUCCCACCCGCGUAUACCCAGGAACGAUAUCAUCCGUGGAGACUCAAGUCCCUCCUCAAAUCUAAAGCGCUUCCCCCGGCCCCUCACACCAAUGAUCGACUUUGACGCAUCCUCGUCGUCCUUUAGCUCCGAGUUUGAGAGCAUGUUAUCAGUUUCAUACGACUCUUCUUCUAAUAGCUCGUGUUUCUCCCCCUCUUCUUCGCCGCCUGCGACCCCACUGUCGCCUUUUACGCCUACGACGCCAGUUUCACCUUGGAUACCUGCUACGCCGCUUUCGGCUUGCACGCCUACGACCCCGCUGAGGGCUGUGUUGCCUGCGUGGUGUGAGUAUCAUACGUCGAAUAUUGCAAAGAGGGAGGAGGCGUAUAGGAGGAUGAGGUUGAAGAAGAAGAAGUUGGGGGAGAGGGAGGAUGUGGAAAGGGCUAGAGAUGAUGAUGGAUUUCUGUUGAGGUUGAAGACGAAGAGCCCCGUUGUUUCUGGAGAGCCUGAGGAGGAUGUCGGUGGGAAGAAGCAAGAACAGACUAUUGACGCGGUUCAUCAGAAGGCCAGCCAUAGUGAGAAGGACACUCGCUCGGAUACAGCAGACGACCGAGAAAGCCAGGACACCUUACGCAACUUCAAGAUCCUCCACAAACCCAUCAUCCGACCACCUCUUCGUGUGUUCAUCCCAGGCCACAAACGUUCUACGAAAAGGGGUAGUGCCAAUGGAUCUUUGUCGAGGAUAAAGAGCCCUGCUAUUUCUGCAGAGCUUGAGGGUUAUGGUGGGAAGACGCAAGAACAGACUGUUAACACGGCCAGUCAUAGUGAAAAGGAUGCUCGCUUGCAUGCAAGCAAAUCAGAAAGUCAGGACCUUCGCAACUACAAAAUCCUCCCCCCCAAACCCAUCCGACCACCUCUUCGGGUGUUCAUUCCAGGCCAUAAACGGUCCCCACCCAUCUUCACACUUCCAGGUCCAGAUGAUUUCUUUAUUCCAGAAGAAGACACGGAAGACGCGUAUGCGGAUCAGUCGUACAUCGUCACCCAACCCCAUGACCAUCACACGCAGCAGAAACCUAUCGUCCUCCGCCGAAAGUCAACAUCUGAUUCUGAAUCACGAGUACACCUAAAACGAGCUUGUUCCGAUGCGAAGCACGACAUGACGAAUGUUCUGAGGGCGUUUAACGAGAUGGUCCUUGGCACCGAAGAGGAUUUCAGGACGUUGUUUGAAGGGGAGAGUUUGAGUACUAGUUUGAGUUUGCCGAAGCCGGAGCCGGAGUUGGAGUGGGAGUGGGAUGGGGAAGAUGGGGAGGACGAGUAUGGCGUCGAGGUUGGCGAGGGCUCAUUCAAACUACCAACACAUCACUACGCUCGGGCUGCCUUCGACGAUGCUUGCCUCUUGCAUGCAGUGGGAAAGCCUUCCUGGGUUGGAGACAUCUCCUUUGCACUCUCUCGCCUUCGCUUUCCUGUCGUGCUUGAGCCUGUGCACCUCACCGACCCUGAGUCAGUUACAGGUCUUAUAGCUGACAUCGAGGUGUCGUGUGCGCGUGCCCUCCAGAGGGACAUCAAUGAAUCCGAGAAGACAGUCCUAUUGAAGGAGCGCAUCACCAGUCCCGCAGCUGUUAACCUGUCGGAUGUGCUGAAGUAUCGACACUACCUUGACGUCGUUGUUCCUGUACACCGCAAGGCGUUGACGCGACUCGUUACUUCAUGCCACGUUCUUGCAGUAAAUUGCUUUCGUUGGGAUCCUGUUCGACGAAAGGAGAUUCCGCGGAACCUGAGGUUGUGCCGUUUCUGUCACGAUGAGACUGAAGACGAGUGUCAUGCGAUGCUGUACUGCGUUGGAAAUGGCGCUCUGACGGUGAGGAGAGGAGUCUUCUUUUCGGAUGCCCAUCAGGUUGUGCCUGGGAUUCGGACUACAGUUUUGAAUCUCCCCCCUCCAGACUCAUUGCGUGUUCUAGUGAGAGAAGAGCGAGUGGUUAGGGUCCUGGCUAAGCGGCUGAGCCGUACCUUCAUCCCACGUUGCUGCACCCCAGCGCCCUCUCUCCAUACUGUUGCAGAUGAGACGGUCGAGAAAUCCCCCUUCCAUCAGUCGAUGGGUUAUUUUGAGGAACCCCAUGUCGGAGUUAAAUUCCUAGAUGCCGACGCGUGUCGCGCUCAAAUUUGGCUCAAAUUUAAAUUGAUCUUGGCUCCCCGGGUCAUGAUGAGAAGAGAGCGCGACGAGUUGAACUCCAUCAUGCACAUCCCUUGUCGCACACGUAUCGUCGCGCGAUGCGACGCGCCCACUCGACAAGUGGUUACCACGUUUAAUCCCUUUCUCAUGACCCUCAAAUUCUCGCUACCUCGCCUUAGGACGCUUUCGAACCAUGGCAGAAGCGCAAGCAAGCAGUGGGGGAGAAAGGAAGAACGUCUAUCAUAUCUAUCUGAUCUAUUUAACGUGUAUGUACGGAUUUGGUUGCGUUCACGGGAUGCGCCGAUGGGAGCCCCCUGGGUGGAAGCGCCUGGCAAGGUUCUGAGUGUUAUAUUACCGCGUCUGGCUGGUACAACUAACUCGCCGCCAACCUGGCUGGUUGAAAUUCAUCGUGAACUGUGGGGACAGCGUGACUUUCUUGGCAAGAUUUUUCGUACCGCAACAGUGACCAAAGACGACUUCACCAAACUUCAAUCUCUUCUGGACGCACUGAAUCCCGAACGCAACGCUGAUGAAUAUGUGUCAAAGGAUGUUCUUGCAACGAAAGCCGCGUUUUUACGCGAGAGGAGCUCUGAUGUUGACCCAGACCUUGUUGAUGGUCUAGUCCCCCGACCGGUUUUAGUUGCCUGCCAACCUCCAACUUCCGAUGUCGUGGACCAAGACGGUGCUCUGGGCGAUCAUGACAUUAUGGACGACGAUAACGACGACGCUGCCAUGUUCAUUGAUGAUGCUCAUCUUCCAAACGAAGCCACAGCGAUUUUCCCCUGUACCUUUCAGUAUGUGGACCUGACUGUCCUCCGUUGCAAGCAGAAUCUUCGCGUGCCACGGUUGAUGCUCUUCCGAAGUGAGUGGGGUACCAUGAUAGACAUCUUUAACAAGGGGGAAAAGGGUAUAUGUGGAAGUGCCAUCUUCUCAGGCCAGCCGGGCAUUGGGAAAACAUGCAUGUUGUAUUCAAUCCUCGUUCUUUGCAUCAUCCUUGCCCGGCCAAUCGUAUUUCAGGACUUUCGCGGCAAGGUCUUCAUUAUUGGCAAUACCUUGCACCUUCUUGGCACACCGGGGGCAUCUAUCGAUGCCGAUGAUGUUCUUACACUCGUCGAUGCCGACAAUGCAGCCUGUCAACCUGAUGACUAUUUCUUUGACCAUGAGAAAUAUCGCAUACUGCUAGUUUCUCCGCCAAGAAAGAGGGAAGAGCAAAGGUGGCUUAAACAAUUUGUUGGGCCGGAUGCGAUGUUUAUGAUGGAUCCAUGGUCGCGAGAGGAACUUUUUGUUGCAUCGUUAUUACUCGAAAGCAAGGACAUAACUCUCAAGCGACUUCAGGAAGCUUCUCGUAUUUGCGGAAACAUACCUCGUAAAUGUUCCGCAGCGGCAGUAUCUCCUCUUGCUCUUUCGCUUGCGAGACAAAGGAUCAGGGUUGCGAUUCAGCAGAUCAAUGAAUUGUCUGAUACUAUCAUCAAGGUGAGGCCGCAACUUUCUGUAACUUCCACUCACAGGAGUUUUCCAACAUGCAACCAACAUGGGCUGACUUAUGAAUGUCCCUCCGAGCGUUCGAUUACCAUCUUGUCCGCCCAAUGUCCACCCCAGCACCCGAACUUAUCCAACAAAUCGGUACAGAGCUUCGGCUCAGCCGCUCGAUGUUGGCAAACUCGGCGGCGCAUGGCAAUCUGUCACACACCCGCAUCCUUCGAAGGACCUAUGCGAUCGCUCCCCUACUGGGUGUUUGACCUAGAUACUGGGAAACGGGUGGAGCAGCCGCCGACUCCAGACUCUCCUGGGGUGAAGAAAGGUUGCCGAGGAAAAGAUGCAGAAACUGCUUCUGGUGGCCAUCGCCUCUUUGAGCAACUCCGAGUCGCGAAGUCCCAAGCACGACUCAAAGUGGAUACCAACGGCUGUCGUGGACGUUAUCAACACCCUUUUAAGUCUCAAGUCCUUAGAAUUGGUUUAGAAGGUGCUACUGCAGGCGUCCAGCUAGAUUCUCUUCGUUAUCCGGAGAGUAUCGAGAUAUCUUCGCCCGACAAUGAUUACUUCGCGGGCCGACUGGAGAAACUGCGUCUGGCGCCUAUAAAGGUUGAGGUUUAUUCAAGCAUACGAGCUCUCUUCGAACUCGUUGUCAGGGCUGGUUUUGAAGGGGGGUGGUGCUUCUGGGAUCAAGCUCUCGUGACGAUCUCGCUAUGCAAGAAGUUGAAGAUCCUCGAGGGUAGUCUUAUGUCGGCAGCCCUCGAUGACGCUAUGAAUUUACGAAACGCUUUUCAAGCUCUCAUCGACGUGACAAAAGGUGGUGGUAACAUACUUUCCUACAAAGGCAGCGGGAAGUUAUGUGACCUGAAGUGUGCCAUCACACUUCACGGCGCCUGGGGAAAGCAUGGUGGCGUGCCCACGUUUCGUAACACUCUUGGAAAUAUGCCGUCGAGCAUUGCACACAGCCCACUGCAUAUAAGGGUGUCAGGCAAAACUUUGACGACAAAGCAGCGACUCCAAGUUGGCUUCAAGUCACUUCUACAUUCAGAACUACAUUAUGUAGCUAAAAUGCUCAACCCGACGUAUGAAGUUGAGGAUGUCGAGAUACAACCUUUGCUACAAGUUUAUCGCUCCCUCAACCGAAAGGUGGAUACGCCUCUGGCUGACGAGGCAGUUCCCACCGAACGUGGAGUCAAUGCGGGUGAUUGGACUCGGGAGCGCUUUAUUACCGCAGUUCGAAACUUUCGCAAGGUCACCGAGGCAUUAAGGUUCAUCCUGGACGAGGCGACCCAGGUUUUGGGAGGGGGCGUGGUGGGCCUGGCUUCGGCAGGGACCAUGCGGGACCUAGCUUUGAGAGAGGCCGUGGAGGAGGACCUGGUUUUGACAGAGGUCGUGGAGGAUUUGGUUAUGACAGAGGUCGUGGAGGAUUUGGUUUUGACAGAGGUCGUGGAGGACCUGUUCUUGUUUGGGGGCGUGGAGGGCCUCUUCUUGUUGGGGGCCGUGGAGGACCUCGCAUCGACAGAGGUCGGGGGGGACCUGGUUUUCACAGAGGCAACGGAGGUCCUACCUCUUUCGACAGGGGCCAUGGUCGGCCUGGUGUCUUUCACAGAGGCCGUGGGGGACCUCCCUUUGGCGAAGGCCGAGGCGGUGGCCGAGGUCGCGGAUUUCUAGGUCUGGGGUUUGUUUGAAGAGCAGAACGUCAUGGACACGACGCAGAUUUUGAAUUCCACAUUUCGCCCAUUUCGCUGGCCAUCUAUACUUUGUCGGAAUAGAGAAACGGCUUUGGCUUCUCUUUUGACACGUGCGGGCGCAGUUUCGAAGGAGGAGUGAUAUAAUUGAUCAGUAACAAUUUACACAUCACUAGCACUCAUGUACUGGAGUCGACAGCUUCAGCAAUUCAAAAUAUGUUGUAAAAAUGUCGUCACGACU